GGCCCCAUCACCUGAUCUCUAUUUGAAUACUGCUGCGCCCCGAGCCGCCGCCGCCGCCCCCCGUGUUGUUAUUGUCUGACAUUGGACCGUCGCUGCCGCGGGACGAACCUCCACAAACCCGAACCCGGCCGGCGCCGCCGAAAAUGUCCCCGUUGCCGAAGCCGUUCGCGGUGAGCGAAGGACCGCGCGAGGGCUGCGGCGUCCGGAGGGGACGCGCCCGCUCCGCGCUCUAUCAGCAGCGUCCGUCCGCCGCUGUCACCGCGACGGCGCCGCGCUCUCUGCCGGCCCAGCAGACGUCGCACGCGGCCAGGAGAAACCUCGCAGCCGCCUCGGUCGGCGGGAGGAAAAUCACGCAUCCCGGGAAGGCCAUUCUCGCAGGUGGGAUCGCAGGCGGCAUAGAGAUCUGUAUCACCUUCCCCACAGAGUAUGUCAAGACCCAGCUGCAGCUGGAUGGGAGAGCCAACCCGCCGAGAUACAGAGGAAUCGGUGACUGCGUGAAGUUGACAGUGCAAGAUCACGGGCUGAGAGGGUUGUACCGAGGCCUUAGCUCCCUGCUCUAUGGAUCCAUACCCAAGUCUGCAGUGAGGUUCGGCACGUUUGAGAUGCUCAGCAACCCCAUGCGAGACGCCACAGGGCGGCUCGACAACACCAGCAGCCUGCUGUGCGGUUUGGGAGCAGGCAUAGCGGAAGCCGUCGUGGUCGUGUGUCCCAUGGAGACGCUUAAGGUGAAGAUGAUCCACGACCAGUGUUCCCUCAGACCUCGCUACAGAGGCUUCUUUCACGGAGUCAGUGAGAUCAUCAGAGAACAGGGUGUGAGGGGGACAUAUCAAGGUCUGACAGCAACCGUGCUAAAGCAAGGGACCAAUCAGGCCAUCCGAUUCUACGUAAUGAACACGCUGCGCAAUUGGUACAAAGGGGACGACCCCAGACGAGACAUGCCGCCUAUCGUCACGGCGACUUUUGGAGCCACGGCGGGAGCUGCCAGUGUUUUUGGAAAUACACCUCUGGAUGUGGUGAAGACCAGGAUGCAGGGAUUGGAGGCGCACCGCUACAAAAACACAGUGGAUUGUGCCUUUCAGAUCUUGAAGCAGGAAGGCCCGCAGGCGUUCUACAAAGGAACCGUUCCCAGGCUGGGCCGCGUGUGCUUGGACGUGGCCAUAGUCUUCGUCAUCUACGAGGAGGUGGUCAAACUACUCAACAACGUGUGGAAGACCCAGUAGAGCGCCGACUCUCCGUCCCGAGCAGACGAGCCGUCACCACGACCUGUUUCCACUCUGUCACACCAGGCAAAGGCAGGACGCGUCCUAAAAACAGCGAUAACGGAAAGGGGAGUGGCUGCUUGCCCUUUGGCAUCUUACCGCUC